AUGGCGAACGUAGCUUCUCUCACAUCCGAACGUGGUGGCCAUCGCGGUACAGUUACUCGACUCAUCGCAAAAAUUUCCGACAUCGUCACCGAUGCUGGCAUGGACCGAGACCGAAAGAUCCACGUGCUGAACAAGAAGUUGGGAGAUCUGCAUGACAAGGUCAAGGUAGUUGAGACGCUCGAUACCGAAAUAGUUGAACUUCUAGUUCUCAUUGGUUUCACUUCUUGCCGUGGUGUGUCUGAUUUUUAUGGUGUUGUACAACUAUCUCUGAUCGAUAGUCAAGGAUCACCUAUUCUCAUUGAAGCAAUCGCCAUUCCUUACAUUGUGGACCCUCUCUCUGAUCCGUAUCGAACAGAUUUACUGAAGCUGCCUCAUCUCAAGAAUCUACUACUGGCUCAUCCGGUCUCAAAGAAUUCUAUCUUCAGCGUCGACAUUCUAAUCGGAGCUGAUUUCUACUGGGACAUCGUCGGUGAUCAAGUCAUUCGUGGGCCAGGCCCAACAGCUGUUCAAUAA